AUGAGCGGGGACGGGUUUCGCGACGGCCGCCCUGCCCUCGGCGACGUGACCAACCGGCCCGCGAAGAGGGGUUUCUCCCUCGUCUUCGACGACCACCUCCCGGGAGCUAAGUCUCGGGACGGGCGGAAAUGCAGUACUGGACGCGAAGUGGACCGCGUCGAGAAGGGUGCUGCUAUUCCUUUGUUAGUCAAGGACAAGGAGGCUCGUGGUUCGUCCCCUGCGCACGACAAGUUCAGUGGCGCCGGCGAUAAUUUGUUUUCUGCUGCUGUUCAUAACCUGCCGAGUAGAUCCCAGGAAUUAUUGAAUGCUUCGCACAGCAAUCCUAAGGUUUCGGGGAUUGAAAUGAAUGCGCAAAGUGUAGUGGAAGUGGGUGAUGCAUCGAGGGAUAGUUGUACCUCAAUUGUUUCGACUAUGAGCAUUCAAGCGGGUGGGCAAAGCUCUGACGGGCUCAAGCGAGGGCCUCAGAAUGGGAAAUUAGCAUCGAACGCAUCUGGCUCUAUUGAGUGGUCAAGGUUGCCUAACUCACAGGGUCUCAAAAACUUCGAAUUGAUAAGAUGCCAAACUUCGGAGGGAAAUGGCCGUGACAAUUUGUGUGCCGAAGAGGACCCGCUAAAAAGUUGUUGCUGUUCUUUUUGUUUGAAAGCUGCUCAUAUGUGGUCAGACCUUCACUACCAAGACAUCAAGGGUCGAAUAACUGCAGUGAGCAAAAGUCGAAAAGAAGCUAGCAGUUUGGCUCAGAAAAUUGGGACGGUAAAGGACGUUAUCCAUGUCCCAGGAAACUCAGAUAACUCUCCAAAUCUGGAAUAUGCACUCACGAAUCAAUGGAGGUCGCUCUUUCUUCACAUGGAGGACAUACUAGUCCAUGAAGGCAGAGAACUCCAAAGUAGUUAUUGUGAGCUCAAAGAUAUGAGAGAAAAAUGCAAGAUGGAUCUGGAGUCAACGAACAGGAUGCCUCUAAAUAGACACUAGCACUGCAUUGGUUUUGCAGUUUGAAUCUCACUAUACUCGAGAUGACUUACAAGCUUGCGAAGGUGCAAUCACAUGCAUUCCUUUUUGCAUAUACAUGCUCGCCUGACCCCACAUUCUGUGCAAUCCAAUAUUGUAGCCCAUGGAUCUUUCCCUUCCUGGUCCUCACGAGGUUCCUGGAAUGUCUUGUUAGUUUCUUCAUUUAGGAUUUACUUUGGCUGUGAUUUUUUCCUCCUGCUUGUUGUCAGUACAAAGUCAGAAGAUUUGAUUGCUCGAGAAAAUGUAUUGCUUUUUUCCUUAUUAAGCCGAUGAAUGAAGCCCCUGAUUUGAAAGUGAAGAGCUGUCUUUGAGAUUGAUCUUUUGUUCAAAUGUUAGUCGAGGAAACUUUUGUUACUGAUUUUAUUGAAAGUAACCACUUGUAAGUCA